ACAAUUUAAGCAACGUUGUUAUUAUUCGACAGCUUUAAUCAAAGCAGUCCUGUUAUAUUUUCGUCAGGGAAAAGGAAAUAACUUUCAACGCACAACGUUAACAACUUGUGUACCUGUAUAUCUUAACACUGGGUGUGAAUCAAAGACAACAUUUGAAGGCAUUCCAUAUUUGGUUUUUAGACGGGUAGCAUCGGCCAUUUGCCGGAGCUGCAGCCGCAACUGUUGUCCUGGGAUACACAAAAGGAUUUUCAGACGCCCGGGAGUAAAUACGCCAGCACUCUGUGGCGGAAGCAAAACCAAACUGCACAGCAAGGCAACUGAAAUUGAUUGAAAGAACAACAAGAACGGAAAGGUGGUUGGGCAUCCACCAAGCUGGCAUCCAAGUGGGGGGACGCGAGAUCCUGUUUGUAACGAGAAAUCCUGCGAAAUCAAGGCAAACGUUUGAUGUUCAGCCGCGCGAAGACGCCGACGUGGCAGCCAAACAACCAAAAGAGAGCAAGCAAAGGACCCAAAACCCACUCACAUCGGAAAACCCACUCCACCACGACCAACUUCAAGAACCUAUUCAAAUAAGUGACGACCACCAUGUCACAAACGCAAUUUGAAUCCAGCACAGACAGUGGCGAUGUGCCAGAAUCCCUUCACAACGAUGAACCCCGUGUCGUCUGGCUGAAGACGAUUAUGUCCAAUAUGCUGGGAGUGUUUGAGCCCAAGUAUGUGAAUGCUACGAUCAACAAAAAUAUGCCCGCCGUGGAUGCCUUUUUCCAGCGACGCUACGAGACCCAAAACGAUCUGGAAUUCGUGGUGCUGUUCAUCUGGCGCACCUUCUACGACAAGCUCAUCGAGGAGGAGAUUACCGUGCUGGAGGAGGUGCCACGCCCACCGCCCACAGUUCCCGACAAAAAGGGCAAGGGUAAAAAGAAGGGCGAUGCCCGGAUGGCGGGCGGAAAGUCCGCCGGCAAAGGGGCAGCAACAGCUGGAGCAGCGGCCGGAAAGGGGCGCAAGAAAGCCGGCCAGGAUGCGGCGGCGCCAGCCGCUGGUGGAGAUCAGGAGCCGGUCGAAGAGGCCAACACUGGUGGUGAAACCACAGAUGCCGAGGUGGAAGGCGAGUUGGAGGGCGAGGAGGAGGCAACCGUGGCUGGGAGUGGCAAGAGCUCAGCUCGAUCCAGACCCAGCUCCGAUACGGAAAACGGAAGCAAAGGCAAGAAGAAGAAAGCCAGUUAUGUACCCGUAUACGUGGAAGUGAAGAAACUGGUCCCGGCGUACGUGAAAACCCCACAAGUGCACUGCCACUUUGGAAGGAUGGAGUCCGAGGACCUGGAUCCCAAGAUUAAGUACAUCUACAUCGUGCGAAAGAACAGGAGGGAGAUACCCAACUUCAGUGACGUAUCGACUUGCUUUGCCCAAAUGCCGCUCUACUUUCUGAUAGGCACCGUUCGAGGGUCACUCAUCCACUCGCUGAGGGAUGACUUGAACCUGGUUUACAAGAGCGCCAUUCAAUUUCAAUUUCGCGAACCGGCCACAGCGGAUAGCCAGCAAAUGGACAGUUAUGAGGGGCAGGCCGGCGGAGGAGCUGGCGGCGCUGGAGGAGCAGGCGAAACCGGCGAGGAUAUAUCCAGCGAGGCCAAGGAAUCGGGCCCGGGUCUAUUGGAGCUAUCCAAACCAUCGGAAUUUCGUUUGAAAGCGCUUAAACAACAAAAGAAAAAGAAGGAGAUGGAGGCGGCUGCGAAAAAGGCGAAGGCCAAGAAACCCGAUGCGGAGCCGACGGAGGAGGAUGAAGAAGGUGAAGCCCACAAAGUUGAGGCCCAUUUGUCGUCCUCCGAGGAGGAAGUGGAGGUAAAAGUCGAGAAGCUGACGAUUGCUCAACGAUGGGAAAAGAUGCUCAGUGAGACGAAGGCCAAAGUGGAGGCGGAACACGCUGCCGAGGAAGCUACGCCGCCACGAAUCACACCCAUCCAGAGGCGGCUACUCAAGGAGAUCGAUGAGUUCCAGAACGAAAUAACCUGGACCAUCAAUCACAUUGUCUGGGCCUUCAGUCUGCCAUCGUCGUACAUUUUGCCCGGUCAGGAGGCGACCGAAUUCGAGGACGCCAUCAUCCGGGUGCCCGUCGAUCCCAAAAGACUGGAUCUGGUGAUCACAUACACACAGCAGCAGCUGGAAGAAGUGGUCGAUGGUUGGAUUAAGUACCUUAAGAAGACAAUGAAGACACUCACGGAUGCCAAACUAGACGAUUUUACUCCAAUGGCGGAGCACCGCUACUGGCACAAAAUGGAGGUGGAGCUCUACGGAACUUUGGAGCAGUUGAAGACCGAGUUCGUGGUAGCUGUCCUACAGCGUCUGGCUGAUGAUAAGUCAUCUGUUCUUGUCGAGUGGCAAAGUGUUCUCGAAAAGACAGAGGCUCGCUUCAAGCUGGCCAAGGAAAACUCUGACUACUUGGGAACCAUCAUAGAUUAUCUAGAGAAAGUACGCAGCUAUGAGAGCUUCAAGAUGGUGGUGCUCCAGAUCCCCAACAUCAUGGUUGGGCUGCGUCACAUCUGGACCAUGUCCAGCCACUAUUGCCGUGAUCCCGAGAUGCAGGUGCUGCUCUGCCAGAUCUCGAAUGUGUUCGUCCAGAAGGUGAAGAGCAUCAUCAACUUUGAGAACAUAUUCAAGUUCUCGGCGACUUACACCUACGAGACGGCCACCAACUGUGCCAAUUUGCUGCGCUGCUGGAAGCAGGCCUACAAGCUCAGUCGCCAGCACAUCGAGGAUUCCGGAGCUGGAUCCCGCUGGGAAUUCGACCGAGUGGCGCUCUUCAACGAGGUGAACCACAUCCACCGCGUAGCUGUGGACAUUGCCUAUGUGGGUCGCGUGUUUGUCCAGUAUGAGAACCUAUUUGGACACCGCUUGAAAGCCUGCAUUGCGGAUCCCUCGAUUGUGGACAACCUGAUGCGCAAGGUCUAUCGCAUGCUGGACGAUCUGAUCAAGAGCGUGGACUAUGACAUGUUCAGGCCGGGCAACUGGGAGAACUGGGAGUACUCGCUGGAGUUGUUCAACAAAAGGCUGGACAGCGUGGAGAAUGAGGCCAAGAACGUGAUCGACCAAAGCAUCAACUCCCUGCUGUCCUCUGAGAAGGGUCUGGACUUGGUGGUCAAUGCCAUGAACAUCGACACCAGAGCCACUUUACAGGAGUUUGUGGCCACCAAACAUGAGAAUCUACUGCGAUUCUUUGUGACUGAGAUAAACGCAGUUGAGCGGGUCUUCACGAAAUUGAAAAAAUCCCCACCCAUGGCCAAGCACCAGCCGGCCAAAAUUAGUGCCAUCUUCUGGGCGCGAUUGCUGGGCAAGAAGCUCAAGACCUCCGUGCUGGCGUUCAAGAGGGUCGAGGAUGAGCCGGCUAUCAAGAACAGCUUCCUGAAGCGCAGCUCCUUUAAGCAGUACUUUGAGCUGAUGACUGUGAUGUUCCAGUUUGAGAAGGUGCUCUUCGAGAAUUUCAUACAGAACGCCACGUACUUGGUGAACACCACAAACCGAUCCAACGUGUUGAGUAUUCGCAUAUGCAAGGAAUCUACAAUGUCUUAUAUUUCGGAAGCCGUACAGACCUUGAAGGCCAAACCCCGGGCAGAAUUGCAAAUGACCAGUGACAGGCGUGUUACUCCCGUGAAGUCUUCAAAUCUUAUGCCCGUGCAAUCAGAAGCGUUUAGUGCCUAUAGCAACGUGGAUUCAGCAGGAACGGAACUCAGCUCGGAAUCGGAAAAUGAGGGUUUGCUGGUGGGUGACACAUCGCAAAAAAAACUGAUGUGCCGCAUCAACCGACUGACAGUGCUGGUGGCCAUGAUCAUGUGGAUGGUUAGUAACACGCGAAAGGCUAAUAUACAACUGCAGGAAUGCACAUCGUUUAUUAAAAUGGUCAAGGACAAGAAGCCCAAAGAUGUUACGGCAAUGGAUAGGCAUUGUGUAAGAACUUGCGAAUUGCUUCAACGAGCAGAGUCCCAAUAUCUGCUGCCCAUUUGGCGUGAACUGGUUGGGGAGAAAACACUCAUCGAAUAUGACAUGGAUUUCGUUGUCAAUCUAAAGCGUGAUGUCUUCGAUGUCCUCUUUGAAGCUCAGCAGUUUGAGCAUCUUGGCUUUACACUUCCCGCAGUUUUGCGCACUGCGAUUAUGAAGAAAGAUUUGCUUUUCAAGGACUAUGAAAAAAUGACGGAGGUGAUUGACAGGUACAGGGCAAUCAUCAACAAUCUGUCUAUGUCCGAAGUGAUCUUUCUACGCGGCCACAUCUACGACACUGAGCUCUUUAUCCAAAUGGGCGUAGGUCGAUACACUUGGACCUCGUUUAAUAUAGGGAAAUUCUGUGAUCAAAUUAAUUCACAGCUACGCAAACUUACCUCUAUAGUGUCGCAAAUUAAUUUUAUUCGCCUGGAUCUGCGCUCUCGUAUCGAUAAUAUUAGGAGUUUCAAUUUGUUCAACCUUGAUGAUGAACUCAAGGUUGACGACUCAUCUAGAUCCUCUCAAGAAUCACGAUCAAAUAGUCUACAAGACCGAAAGAACACGUCCCAAAGAUUUAAAUCGGUCACUGGGCAAACUAUAACUAUGGUUUCUAUUGAAAAAGAUGUUGCCGCGGAUGAAAAGGCAGAGCAAGCCUGCGGAUCCGGCAUAUAUCCCUGCCAGGGAUACUUCGAACUCUUAGAGGCAUCGCGCAAUCGAAAAGCAGCCCAAAUGAAGAAGCUCUACGACUCCCUGGGCCCGGUAUUAGUCAAGCUGGAGAGCUUGGUGCUAGGCACAUUUUCUGGAAGGUCGGACCGGAUGAAAACCUACUAUGAGUAUUGGGAAGAGGAGACUUUCAAGUGUAUUGUUGACAUGACGUAUCAGAAUUUAAAGUGCUAUAUCAACCGUCUGCUCUCUGAUAAGCCCAUGUUCGAGGUGAACGCUGUUCUCCUAAUGUCAGAAAUCGUCCUUGAGCCUUCGGUUCAGGAGCUGCAAAACACCAUUGUGACUGCCACCAAGGACUAUAUAUCCAGGUUGAGAAUCUUCACUCGUUGGAUGACCGGCACCUGUAUUGCCUGUCCACUGGUGGAAAUGGGCAAACAGUUUAAGUACAAUUACACCUACUAUGAGGACGUCAUCCAGAUACGAUCCAUUGUGGAUCUGGUCAUAAACAUACAUGAUUUGGCUUCUAGAGUGGCCAACGAAGCCAGGGGAUUUGUAUCCCAAUUCCGCAAGUACUUCAAUCUGUGGGCGUUCGAGAAGAGUUUCAUCUGCCAGAAGUUCUUGGAAAAACAGGUGACGCUCAUUGAAAUCGAUGAGAAAUUUACAUUUUACUCGUCCAUUGUGGAAUCGCUGGCCAACACCCGAAAGUACCAGGACAUCAAGUGUGUGCGCAUAAAUUUGGAGCCCUUGCUGAUAAGCAUAACGCAACAUGCCCAGGACUGGUGCACCACAUUGGGCGAGGAGCUGUUGCGCCAUGUCAACGAUAACAUGAGGGCCAUGCGUAACGAAAUCAAAACCCUCAGCCUGAAUCUCAACAAGACCACACGCGAGCUGGAGGACUUCAAGCUGGUCAUGACCACGAUUGGUACGGUGCAGUCGUCGACGUUGUCAAACGAGCAGAAAAUCCAUGAAAUGCAGGAGACCUUUACCAUUCUCAGCGAACACAAAAUUAUGUUCCCCUACGAGGACAUGCUGAUGGCCCAUCACCUGGAGAAGCGCUGGAAGAGGCUCUUCCUAUCGGCCUUGUUUCGCUAUGAGAAGCUGCAACCAAUUAAGCAGAAAUUCGCCGACAUGACUUCCGUCGAAAUCGAUGAGUUCUGCGAUGAUUUGGCCGAGUUUAUCAAGGAUUACGACGAGAACGGACCUGGCUCUGUGGGCCCUGAACUGGAGCGAGGUGUGCGCCUAAUGGAUCCGUAUGGCCAGAAAAUAGCCGAACGUGAAUCAAGACGCGAGGAGUUGGCCAAUGCAGAGCGACUGUUCGACAUGGCCAUGGUUGAUUACCAUGAGUUUGCGCGGGUGCAAACCGAGUUUGAGGGACUGCAGCAGCUGUACAAACUAUACAAGGCGCAGAAAUACGCUCGCGAAGGAUGGGGCAAGACCUUGUGGGCCGAUCUGGAUCCCAAUGUACUGACCGAGGGCGUUGAGAGCUAUCUGAAGGAGUUCCGGAAAUUUACCAAGGCGGUGCGCACUCUGCCCGUUGGCGUCCAGCUGGAGAUUCACAUGAAGCAGUUCAAGGGCACCGUGCCACUGAUGGUUAGCCUCAAACACGAGGCUCUCAGGGAGCGUCACUGGCUGCAAUUGAUGGACAAGACGGGUCAGUACUUCGACAUGUCACCGGCUCGAUUCACGCUGGAGAACAUGUUCGCCAUGCAACUGCACAAGUACCAGGAGAUUGCCGAGCAGAUCCUGACGAACGCCAUCAAGGAGCUGCAAAUCGAACGGGGUGUCCAGGCUGUCAUCGAGACCUGGGCCUCGAUGUCCUUCAAGACCUUCAAGCACUACAAGGGAUCGGAUGAUCGUGGCUGGGUGCUGGGUCCUGUGGACGAGAUCAUGCAGAUACUCGAGGAUAAUGCCAUGAAUCUGCAGUCGAUGGGAGCCAGUCAGUUCAUUGGUCCCUUUCUGGAGACGGUGAACAAGUGGGAGCGGACUUUGGCCCUCAUCUCGGAGAUCAUCGACGAGUGGUUGGUGGUGCAGCGCAAGUGGCUCUAUCUGGAGGGCAUAUUCAUUGGCGGCGACAUUCGCACCCAGCUGCCCGAGGAGGCGCGGAAAUUCGAUGACAUUGACAAGUCGUAUCGCAGGAUCAUGGUCGAUUGUGCCAAAAAUCCGUUAGUGGUGCCAUUCUGCACAGUACCCGGUCGCUUAGUGGAAAUACAGGGCCUGGGCAUUGGCUUGGAAAAUUGUCAGAAGUCGUUAAACGAAUAUUUGGACUCGAAGCGUCGCAUUUUUCCGCGUUUCUAUUUCAUAUCCACCGAUGAGCUGCUCUCCAUCCUGGGCAGCAGUGAGCCAUCUGCAGUGCAGAACCACAUCAUUAAGAUGUACGACAAUAUCAAGUCGUUGCGCUUGGUCAAGGAGGGCAGCCAGACGAUUGUUACCGGAAUGAUUUCCAGCGAGGGCGAGGUCAUGGAGUUCCGGAACUCUGCACGGGCAGCAGGACGCGUGGAGUACUGGAUGAACGAUGUCCUGGACGAAAUGCGCCGCUCCAACCGCUUCAUAAACAAGACGGCCAUCUACGACUUUGGCACAGAUCUGCAAAUUUCAAGGCCCGACUGGCUAAUGAACUACCAGGGAAUGGUGGGGCUGGCUGCCAGUCAAGUCUGGUGGACGGCUGAGGUGGAGGAGGCCUUCGACCAGGCCCAAAAUCAUGGUAAUAUGCGGGCAAUGAAGGAUUUCUUGGGCAAGAACAACUACCAGAUCGAGGAACUGGUCCUCAAGGUGCGCUCCAAUCUCUCCCGCAACGAUCGACUCAAGUUCAAGGCCCAGUGCACAGUGGAUGUCCAUGCGAGGGACAUUAUUGACAAUUUUGUGCGGGACAAUGUCCUGGAUGCCAGCGAAUUCAGCUGGGAAAGUCAGCUCCGUUUCUACUGGAUGAAGUUCUACGAUAAUCUGCAUGUGCUCCAAUGCUCCGGAAGCUUUGACUUUGGUUACGAGUACAUGGGUCUUAAUGGACGCCUGGUUAUUACACCCCUCACGGAUCGUAUUUACUUAACCAUCACCCAAGCACUGCUCAUGAAUCUGGGUGGUGCUCCUGCUGGACCAGCUGGAACGGGCAAAACGGAGACGGUUAAGGAUCUGGCCAAGGCCAUGGGCCUGCUUUGUGUGGUCACCAAUUGCGGCGAGGGCAUGGACUACCGGGCAGUGGGCACUAUACUUUCUGGCUUGGUUCAGUGCGGUGCCUGGGGAUGCUUCGACGAAUUCAAUCGUAUCGACAUCUCGGUGCUCAGUGUGAUAUCAACCCAGUUGCAAACCAUCAGAAACGGCUUGAUAAGGAAACUGGAUCGGUUUGUGUUUGAAGGGGUUGAGAUCCAUCUAGAUCCCAAAUGCGGCGUGUUUGUGACCAUGAAUCCUGGCUACGCUGGCCGCACGGAGCUGCCCGAGUCCGUUAAGGCUUUGUUCCGGCCAGUGACCUGCAUCAAACCCGAUCUAGAGCUGAUCUGUCUGAUUUCUCUGUUCUCUGAUGGAUUCCUUACCGCCAAGGUGUUGGCCAAGAAGAUGACCGUUUUGUACUCCCUGGCGCAGGCGCAGCUGUCAAAGCAGUGCCAUUACGAUUGGGGAUUGAGAUCUCUCAACUCCGUGCUGCGAAUGGCUGGCGUGAUGAAGCGGCAAUCGGAGGAUUUACCGGAGGCAGUGGUCCUGAUGCGAGUGCUGCGUGACAUGAACUUUCCCAAAUUCGUGUUCGAGGAUGUACCAUUGUUUUUGGGACUCAUCAAGGAUCUGUUUCCAGGCAUCGAUUGCCCCCGCAUCGGUUAUCCGGACUUCAAUGCCGCCGUGCGUCAUGUGCUGGUCAACGAUGGCUACAUAUUGCUGCCCGAUCAGGAGGACAAAGUAGUGCAAAUGUACGAGACCAUGAUGACCAGGCACUCAACCAUGUUGGUGGGCCCUACAGGUGGCGGGAAAACUGUCGUCAUAAAUGCCCUGGUCAAGGCGCAGACCCACAUGGGCCUGCCCACCAAGUGCCUUGUGCUUAACCCCAAGGCCUGUUCCGUGAUUGAAUUAUACGGCUUUUUGGAUAUGGAAACGAGGGAUUGGAUUGAUGGAUUGUUUUCAAAUAUAUUUCGUGAAAUGAAUAAGCCCAUCGAGCGGGAGGAGCGACGUUACGCCUGCUUCGAUGGAGAUGUGGAUGCUCUGUGGAUCGAAAACAUGAACUCAGUGAUGGAUGAUAACAAGCUGCUGACUUUGGCUAACGGCGAGCGCAUCCGUCUGGAGAACUACUGUGCCCUGCUCUUCGAGGUGGGCAAUCUAAACUACGCCUCUCCAGCUACCGUCUCCCGAGCCGGAAUGGUGUACGUGGAUCCGAAAAAUCUUCGAUACAGUCCGUUCUGGCAGCGGUGGGUGCUCACCCGGCCGGAGCCUCAGCGGGAACUCCUUAACGACUUCUUUGAGAAGAUCAUCACCCAGUCCAUAGCCUUCAUUCUGGAGGGCUUGGAUGGCACUACUCAGGGUAAUCCCCUGAAGCUCGUUAUAAUGCAAACGGACCUGAACAUGGUGACGCAGUUCUGCAACCUCUACGACGCCCUCCUGCCCAACUACGCUAUGGAUAGUAAGAACUACGAUGAGCCGGUGCUACAGACCUACAAUACAGACAGUCUGGAGUGCUGUUUCCUGCAGGCGGUCUAUGGUUCCAUGGGCGCUUGUCUGGUGGAAAAGCAUCAGCCUGUCUUUGAUGAGUAUAUGAAGCGCAUAUCCGGCUUUCCGUUAGUGCAGGACACGCCGGAGAAUCCCGCCUCCGGAGGACAGUUUCCGCAGAGCAAGCCCACACUGUACGACUACUUCUGGGACGUCAAGGACAACGUUUGGAAGGCCUGGGAGUGGGUGGUGGUGCCGUACACGCACGACCCGCAAGUGAAGUUCAGUGAGAUCCUGGUGCCCACGGUGGACAACACGCGUACAAAUCGUACUCUCAGUCUGAUGAGUGAGAUCAAACGACCUGUUCUGCUUGUGGGAGAGGCUGGUACAUCAAAGACGGCUACCAUCAUGCAAUAUUUGCGCAAUCUCAAUCCGAGUGUCAACGUCAUACUCAAUAUUAAUUUUUCAUCGAGAACCUCAUCGCUGGAUGUGCAGCACACCCUGGAGGCGGCCGUGGAGAAACGCACCAAGGAUACGUACGGGCCUCCGAUGGGCAAGAGAAUUGCCUGCUUUAUUGAUGACAUGAACAUGCCGCAGGUGGAUGAAUAUGGCACUCAGCAGCCAAUUGCCCUGCUGAAGCUAUUCUUCGAACGCGGCGGAAUGUACGACCGCGACAAGGAUCUCAACUGGAAGAAGUUUAAGGAUCUGACCUUCUACGCAGCCAUGGGAACAGCGGGCGGCGGUCGGAACGAGGUGGAUCCCCGAUUUAUCAGCAUGUUCUCCACUUACAACAUCAUAUUCCCCAACGAUGAGUCCCUCAUCCAGAUCUACUCCUCAAUCUUCAAGGGCCAUAUGCAAUUUGUGAACUUCCAGCCGCAGUACAUGCUUAUAGCCGACAUGAUUGUCCAUAUGACAUUAAAACUUUUCAAGAUCGUGAUUGUGGACCUGCCACCAACGCCCUCCAAGUUCCAUUACAUCUUUAAUCUGAAGGAUCUGUCGCGUAUCUUUGCGGGACUGCUGCUCAUCGAACCCACUUGCUUCAAGGGCCUGAGGGACCUAAUUAGGGUGUGGCGCAACGAGUACACCAGGAUCAUAUGCGAUCGCCUGAUAGCCGAUAAUGACAUCGCCAAUGUGCGUCGAAAUCUGGCCCUGGAAGUGGCCGAACGGUUUCCUCCAUCUUUCGAGGAGGAGCAUGGAUUUAUUGAUGCAGAAGCAGCGGAAGCAGAGGCACAGGCUCGCUUGCUCUAUGAGCCAUCCAAGGGUGAUUUCGAUGGGGGAGAGGAAGAGGGAGAAGAGGAGGAGGAGGGUGAGGAGGCACCUCAGGUGAUACUCUCGCUCAAGGACUACGUCCUGCGCGAUCCACUGCUCUUUGGAGAUUUCCGCAAUUUUACCAAUGAAUCUGAGGCUCGCUUAUAUGAGGAUCUGUUGGACUACAACUCUGUUUACUUCCUUUUCACGGAGAUCCUAGAGGAAUAUUGCGAACGCAAACAAAAGAUGACAUUGGUCCUCUUCGAGGACUGUCUGGAGCAUCUGACCCGCGUCCAUCGGACGUUGCGUAUGAAUCGCGGACAUGUGCUGCUUAUUGGAGUCGGUGGCAGUGGCAAGAAGUGUAUUACUCGUCUGGCCGCCUUUGCCGCCGAAUGCGAUGUCUUCGAGAUUACUAUUUCCCGUGGUUACAAUGAGGCCGCGUUCCGCGAAGAUCUAAAGGUCCUUUACACCAUAGCGGGCGUGAAGCGAAAGAAGGUCGUGUUCUUGUUUACGGGUGCCCAGGUAGCAGAAGAGGGCUUCCUGGAGUUGAUCAACAAUAUCCUGACAGUGGGCCAAGUGCCAGCCCUGUUCCCUGAUGAAGACAAGGAUGGCAUUGUCAAUCAAGUGCGCAAGUUCGCCGAAGAGGAUGGAGUUUCGGCAUCCAAAGACGCUGUUUGGGGCUACUUCCUGCGCACCUGUGCAGAAAACCUGCACGUGGUCCUAUGUAUGUCCCCGGCUGGCGAUGCGCUUCGCAAUCGGUGUCGAAAUUUCCCGGGUCUCAUUGGCAGUACCUACAUCGAUUGGGUGUUCCCAUGGCCCCGACAGGCGUUGUACGCGGUGGCUAAGCUCUUCCUGACCGAGCACCGCCUGAUUCCGGCCAGCCAUCGAGAGGCCAUAGUGGAGCAUGUGGUUCAUGUCCAUACCUCAAUACAGCAGUACUCCAAGGACUAUCUGGCCAAACUAAGGCGUAACAAUUUUGUCACCCCCAAACACUACUUGGACUAUAUUAACACUUAUAGAGGAUUAUUGGAGGAAAAGGCCAAAUUCAUUACCCAGCAACGUUCGCGACUCGGUGAGGGCAUCAAAAAAAUCGAGGAAGCUUCUGUGCAAAUCGACGAACUGCGUAUUAUUGUCACGGAGCAAAAGAAGAACGUGGCUGUCGCCUCCGAAGAGUGCGAGGCCAUGUUGGUCACUAUCGAGUCGUCCACUCAAAAGGCAAAUGUCAAGAAGGCCGAGGCAUCGGAAAAGUCGGUUGAGGUGGAGAUUAAGGGCAAACAGAUUGCUAUCGAAAAGGACGAAGCCGAGGAGAUUCUGGCAGAGGCAAUGCCGGCCCUGGAGGAAGCCAGAUUGGCUCUAUCCCAACUCGAAAAGGCUCAGAUCACUGAGAUCCGAUCCUUUGCCACGCCACCAGCUGCCGUGCAAGUCGUUUGCGAAUGCGUGGCUAUUCUAAAGGGCUACAAGGAGAUAAACUGGAAGAGUGCCAAAGGAAUGAUGAGCGACGUAAACUUCCUGAAGAGCUUGAUGGAAAUGGAUUGCGAGGCUUUGACGCAGAAGCAAAUAACCCAGUGCCGACAGCAUAUGAAGACCGGAAACCUAGAGGAUAUGGCGAAGAUAUCCGUUGCUGGAGCGGGAUUACUUAGAUUUGUCAGAGCUGUGCUCGGCUUCUUCGAUGUAUAUAAAGAGGUCAAGCCCAAGAAGGAACGCUUGGACUUCCUUGUCGAAGAGCAAGAAGUACAGAUUAAGCUUCUCAAUCACCUAAAUGGAGAGAUCCAAAAGCUGGAGGAGAAGCUGAAUGAGCUGAACGAGAAUUAUGCUACCUCUAUGAAACAGAUGCGUGCCCUUACUGAAAUGAUGCAGCAGGCGGAGCGUCGUCUGAUUGCCUCCGACAAGUUGAUCAGUGGUCUGACCUCUGAGCUAAUCCGCUGGAGCAAAGAGAUGGCUAGCCUGGGACAGCAGCUUAUCGACAGCGUGGGUGUGUGCCUGAUCAGUGCGUCAUUUCUGGCCUACACGGGCGCCUUUACCUGGGAGUUCCGCAAGGCGAUGGUGUUCGACGAUUGGCUGGAAGACAUUGUGUCGCUGGGAAUUCCCAUACAGCUACCAUUUAAAAUCGAUGGUUACCUCACCACCGACGUCGAGAUCUCCCAGUGGAGCAAUGAGGGAUUGCCGCCCGACGAGCUUUCCGUCCAAAAUGGCAUCCUCACCAUGCGCGCCUCGCGCUUUCCACUCUGCAUUGAUCCUCAGUUGCAGGCGUUACAGUGGAUCCGCAAAAGGGAGUUCAGGAAUAACCUUAAAGUACUUUCAUUCAGCGACUCUGACUUCCUCAAGCAGCUGGAGAUGGCCAUUAUGUACGGAACGCCUGUACUAUUCGAAGAUGUGGACGAUUAUAUAGACCCAGUGAUUGACGAUAUUCUGCAAAAGAACAUUCGCAUUCAGGGUGGUCGCAAGUUCGUCAUGCUGGGUGACAAGGAGGUGGAUUGGGAUCCCAGCUUCCGAGUCUACUUAACCACCAAGUUCUCCAACCCUAAAUUCGAUCCCGCAGUCUAUGCCAAGGCACUAGUUAUUAACUACACGGUAACCCAGACAGGUUUGGAAGACCAGCUACUAAGCGUGGUAGUGGGCACCGAGCGUCCAGAUCUUGAGGCUCAGCGUGAGUCGUUGAUCGCCCAGACCAGCGAGAAUAAGCAGUUGCUGCAGCAGUUGGAGGAUUCACUGCUCCGCGAGCUGUCCACCUCGACGGGCAACAUGUUGGACAAUGUGGAACUGAUUGAAACCCUAGAAAACACAAAAACUAAGGCAGGCGUCGUCAUGGAACAGCUAAAACUGGCCGCGGAUACGGCGGCGGACAUUGAGGUGCUCCGUAAUGGAUACCGUCCGGCAGCCAAGCGUGGAGCUGUACUUUUCUUUGCCCUCUCGGACAUGGCCACAGUGAAUAGCAUGUACCAGUAUGCACUGGCCGCCUAUUUGGAUGUGUUCGUUUACUCCCUGCGAAAGGCUGUGCCGGAUGCUAGUCUCAACAAGCGGUUAAACAACAUAAUCAAAACGCUUACGGAAAACGUUUACUGCUACGGUUGCACGGGCAUCUUUGAACGGCAUAAGCUGCUUUUCUCCUUCCAAAUCGCCACUAAACUCGCCCAGCGGGACGGCAUUUUGCUGCAAUCAGAGCUGGACUUCUUCAUUAAGGGCAGCAUUGCUCUAACCAAGAGCGAGCGCUCCAAUCCCUGCAAAUGGCUGAGUGACAAAAGCUGGGAGGAUUUGCUGAAGUUGGCCUUCGAUUUCCCAGAUACUUUCGGCACCCUACCAGACCACUUUGGUCGUUUCCUUGCCGAAUGGAAAGAUUGGUUCGACUUGGAGAAUCCUGAGGAGGUGGCAUGUCCGGGCGACUACAACAUCAAAUGCAAUGCAUUCCAGAAAUUAAUGUUCCUGCGCUGCUUCCGCGUGGAUCGCAUCUUCAGGAGUAUAAAUCAAUACAUCGUCGAAACGAUGGAUGAGUUCUAUAUCAUGCCGCCGGUGGUGAGCUUCUCUGCCAUAUACGAGCAGACCUCCAGCACGAUUCCCGUGUGCUUUGUACUGAGUGCCGGGUCGGAUCCCACAAAUGAUUUGAUCAAACUGGCGGAUUCAAUAGUCGGCAUGUCCAACUUCUGUCACAUUUCGCUGGGACAGGGUCAGGAGAAGGCCGCCUUGCGACUCCUGGAUGGUGCCGUCAAACAGGGAAUGUGGCUUAUGCUGCAGAAUGGACACCUACUGAUCAAGUUCGUCCGGGAGCUGGAAAAGUAUCUGGAUCGCAUCGAAAAUCCGCAUCCGGACUUUAGAUUGUGGAUAACCACAGAUCCCACGCCCACGUUCCCUAUUGGCAUUCUGCAGAAGUCUCUAAAGGUGGUCACUGAGCCACCCAAUGGACUCAAGCUCAAUCUGCGCUCCACGUACUUCAAAGUGCGUCAGGAGCGCCUCGAGAGCUGCUCUCAUGUGGCUUUCCGACCACUGGUCUAUGUGCUGGCCUUCUUUCACGCCGUUGUCCAAGAGCGUCGCAAGUACGACAAACUGGGCUGGAACAUAGCGUACGAUUUCAACGACACGGACUUCGAGGUGUGCACCGAAAUCCUGCGCACUUAUCUAACACGAUGUGGCACUGGGAAAAUUCCGUGGAACAGUUUGAAAUACCUAAUUGGCGAGGUGAUGUAUGGAGGACGGGUCAUCGAUGACUUCGACCGGCGGAUAACCAACUGCUACAUGAACGAGUACAUGGGCGACUUCCUGUUCGAUGAAUUUAAGGUAUUCCACUUUUAUGAGGACGAAAAUGUGGACUACUGCCUGCCGGAUGAGGAGACCAUACUGAAAGAGGACUACAUAGCGCACAUCGACAAACUGCCGCUGGUCAACAAGCCGGAUGUAUUUGGUUUGCAUCCGAACGCGGAAAUCGGUUAUUACACAAUGGCGGCACGCAACAUUUGGAACAGUUUGAUUGAGCUGCAGCCGCAGACGGGCGAGGGAACUGGUGGAAUCAGCCGCGACGACUUCAUCGACUCGGUGGCAGCCGGCAUACUGAAGAAGCUGCCUCCCGCCUUUGAGACGUGGCGCAUCCGCAAACAGAUCCAGAUGAGCCUGUCACCCACCGGGGUGGUGCUGCUCCAGGAGCUGGACCGCUUUAAUCUGCUGGUCGUGCGGAUCAAGAAGACGCUGGAGCUGCUCCGCAAGGCCAUUGCCGGCGAAAUCGGCAUGGACAAUGUGCUGGACAACAUUGCCAACUCGUUGUUCAAUGGCCUCCUGCCAGGCGCGUGGAGCAAGUUGGCGCCGGCGACAUGCAAACAGUUGGCUAGCUGGCUGGAGCACUUGCGGCUCCGGGCCGUACAAUACAAAUACUGGACGCUUUCAGGGGAGCCACUGGUCAUGUGGCUGUCGGGACUGCAUAUUCCGCAGAGUUAUCUCACGGCCCUGGUGCAGAUUGCCUGUCGCCGCAACGCCUGGCCGCUGGAUCGCUCCACGCUUUUCACCUACGUAACCAAGUUUGCGGACCCCGACGAUGUGGAGGAGCGCCCUGUGACGGGCUGCCUGGUGCACGGUCUGUACAUAGAGGGCGGGCGCUUUGACUUGGCCACUAAUCAGCUGGCGCGUUCCCAUCCCAAGGUCCUGGUCGAGGAGCUGGCCAUUCUCGCCGUGGAGCCCAUCGAGGCGCACCGUCUCAAGCUGCAGAAUACCUACCUUGCCCCGGUAUAUACGACCUCGCUGCGCAGGAACGCCAUGGGUGUGGGCCUGGUCUUUGAGGCUAAUUUGGCCACUUCCGAGGAUCUGAGUCACUGGAUCCUGCAGGGCGUCUGUCUGACCCUCAAUACAGAUACCUAGGACUUUGCUUUUAUAAGAAGACUGAUGUUAAUGACCUCAUAUUAUUUAUUCGUACUCGAAAUAUUUGUAGCAGUUCUUCCAUGAAAAUAAGAUACGUUUAUGAGAAACGAAGUAAAAUUAAUUUAUUGAAAACUUAUGAGGGAGCUUGUGGAUUAUAUACUGACAGGUUAACAUGUUCCCCUUGCUAACCCCGCUCUUUUGUAAAAUUUAAUU